AUGGGACAGACCCUCGUGAAAUCCGGAAAUGAGGAGAAAAAGGAUAAAGAAAUUGGACCUGUGCUUGAAGAAUGCUAUCACAAAUACUUUGUGAACACCAUGGAUUGGAGCUCAGCAGAUUUCCACCAUGCAAUUUGCCUAACAAUAGAGGAAAUCAACAAAACUAUAGGGAGCACUCAACUUAGGGUGCCACAGAACAGCACACUCCAACAUGCAUACCAAGUAAAAACAUUCGCUUCCUAG